AUGGCUAAUAUGCAAGAGUUUUGUGCGCAUAGUUUUUGGAGUAACACGAAUAUUGGUUAUUCCUAUUCUAAUUCUUUUAGUUUAUCGGGAGGGAUAAUUACUUUAUGGAAAAAAGAUGCGAUGAAGGUUAUUCAUAGUUUCAAGGGGGAGGGGUAUCUCGGCGUGAAAGUGUUAUGGAAGAACUUUCUUUACUAUAUUGUGAAUGUUUAUUCGUCGUGUAUUUUAACUAAGAAGAAAGAGUUGUGGAGUAAGUUGUUAGAGUUGAAGGAGAUUUUCUCGGAUGGCGAAUGGAUUAUCGGAGGGGAUUUUAAUGCCGUCAAAAACCGGAGGGAGAGGAAAGGGAGAACGAUUAUUGAUAAUAAUAGUAGCAUGAGUCUUUUUGCCGAGUUUGUAGAGAAGAGUGAAUUGGUGGACAUCCCAUGCAAAGGCAAGAAAUUCUCGUGGUAUAGCAGCGAUGGAAGGUCCAUGAGCCGUAUUGAUAGAUUUCUUUUAUCGGAGGCGAUUGUUGAUAGAUGGAAGGUUAUUGGUCAAAAGAUUGAAGAUAGAGAUUUGUCGGAUCAUUGUCCCGUUUGGCUCGUUUUGGACAAUCACGAUUGGGGGCCGAAACCCUUUAGGUUCAACAACGAAUGGUUCCCGUUUGAUUCGUUCCUCCCGUUUGUUGAGAAAGAAUGGAAAAGUAUAAAAGUGGAAGGAAGAGGGGAUUUCAUCUUGAAAGAAAAACUUCGCCGUUUGAAAGAUAGUUUGAGGUGGUGGAACAAAAAUGUUUUUGCGAAGCUGGACUUGAAUAUGGAGGAGGAAGUGAGGAAGAUUAAUAUUGGGGAUGAUAGGUUGGAACUUGAUCACUUUGAUUCUUUGUCCGAUGUCGUGCUAGAUAGGAAGAAGGCGGCUAGUAGUUUUUGGUUGAAUUUGAGGAUAAAAGAAAACAUGUUAGCUCAAAAAUCAAAAUUGAAGUGGUUGAAAGAGGGGGAUUGUAAUAGUGCUUUUUUCCACAAGGUUAUGAACGAGAGAAGAAGAUUUAAUCACAUUGGUCCAAUAACUUCUUCGGGGGUGUUGUUGGAAUCGGUGGGGGAGGAGGAAAUUAAAGAAGCUAUUUGGAAUUGUGGGGACUCGAAGAGUCCGGGGCCGGAUGGAUUUUCGUUUUUGUUCAUCAAAAAGUGUUGGGAUUUUGUCAAAGAGGAUUUUAUUCGGUUCUUUAAUUGUUUUCAUUCCGGCGAGGCUUUAUCUAAAUCGGUCACUUCUUCUUUCUUGGUGUUAAUUCCUAAGUCUCCAAUUCCGGUAGCGUUGGAUGAUUAUAGACCUAUUACUUAG